GUGAACAUUUCAGCCAAUAGAUGGACCCCCCGAUUGUCUCAGCGUUCGAAAAGGAAGGUUGAGUGGCCAAUAGGAAGCUUACCCAGACGCAGGCAGGAUUCCAUGCCGUCCACAACUUGUGGGUGAGCGUAAGGACUCUUCUCACGCAUUCGCCCAAGCAGGCAGCAGGAGCCGGCCGGAGCGCCGCCUGCCGGCCGGAGCCUCUACCUCAGGCUCCUCCCCGUGCCGGUCUGCCACGCCCUCUUUGACUUGCUCCCUCUGCCGUAUUAUGUCAUCUGGAAGCAGCUCUUAGGAGUAGUGUGCACACUGUGAGGGGAGGAGUGGAGUGCAGCGCGUACAAGGCUCGUGGUGCUGUGGAAACACCGAAUCGCCUUCCUGUCUUCGGAGCCGGCUGGAUCUCCGGUCUCUCACUGCUUUAUAACACGAUUUCCCUCCUGCUGCGAUUCCGUGCCUUGCUCCCCUGGUGUCUGCUGCCACUGCGCCCCAGUGGCUCUGUCUCCGCGGAUCCUACUAUCCUCUAAGGUCUCUUUCACCGGGGCCAGGCGGAUGCCGCCGCAGCAAGAGGGAGAGACGGGCUACAUCAGUAAGCCGCUGCCGGGCGGCUGCGAGGUACCGCCGGUGCCUCCGCGGCGGGUCCGCAGCAGCCGGGCAGCGGCAUUGGGAGCGGCUCUGGGAAACCGCUGCCGAGCCGGAGCUGGUGGUGGCGUCGGAGCGGCCGGAUUUGAACCCCGGCGCAGCAUUAAGUGUGUUCUGGUAGGAGAUGGCGCGGUGGGCAAGACCAGCCUGGUAGUAAGUUACACCACCAAUGGCUACCCCACGGAGUACAUCCCGACUGCUUUCGACAAUUUUUCAGCUGUCGUGUCAGUAGAUGGUCGACCAGUUAGGCUCCAGCUUUGUGACACAGCUGGCCAGGAUGAAUUUGACAAGCUCCGGCCACUGUGCUACACCAACACAGACAUCUUUUUGCUGUGCUUCAGUGUGGUGAGCCCUUCCUCUUUCCAGAAUGUGAGUGAAAAGUGGGUUCCUGAAAUCCGAUGCCACUGCCCCAAAGCACCGAUUAUUCUUGUUGGGACACAAUCAGACCUCCGGGAGGAUGUCAAAGUUCUCAUUGAGUUAGACAAAUGCAAAGAAAAGCCAGUGGCAGAGGAGGCUGCAAGGCUCUGUGCCGAGGAAAUAAAAGCCAUCUCUUAUAUUGAGUGCUCUGCUUUGACUCAGAAAAACCUCAAAGAAGUCUUUGAUGCAGCCAUUGUUGCUGGCAUUCAGUACUCGGAUACUCAGCAACAGCCAAAGAAAUCGAAAAGCAGGACUCCGGACAAAAUGAAAAACCUCUCCAAGUCCUGGUGGAAAAAGUACUGCUGUUUUGUAUAGUGCAUUUGCAGAGACUUCAAAAACAACCAUCUGAUGCCAAGAGCAAUUAGAAGCUAUAUUAGCUCAAGAUCUCUCUAUCUUGGGAGCACACAGACAAAGUGACAUCUGGUGUGAAUGGCCUUCACUGGAAGAAGAGACGAAGAAAUGGGAGGGAGCUGGUUGCUGGAUGUCAGGCUGAGGACUUUCACUAUUCGUUGUGAGAGUUCCUGUAUGCUUGCUCUCUCAGCAAAGUGUAGCACACCACACGUUUGGGAUUUCAAAAGCUGUACUGAGGAGUUGACUGAUCCCAGAAAUGGGAGGAGCCAGAACAGAGGCCUUUGCUAAACAGGCAACUUGGCAGCAGCAAAGGACUACAGGACUACAGACAGAUACUUUAAAAAAAAAUGUGUGCCUCAUGACAUUUAGCUUUAAAUGCUGCUUCUCCUCUGACACCUUUCUCAGUCAUGGUCUUCAUAUGCAUUCUGGAAACAUCUGUAAAACUGAUGAAUUAACAGAAUCCAAAAUGUUUUUCUUAAGGUGAUGUGCCUAAUUCAAGCACAGUGUAUGGAUUUCUAACAUGCUCAGCUGCUUGCAUAUGUAGUCUUACAUGCAAACCCCUGGCUUGCAGAUCCCUUGUACAGGGUGUAAGGUACACACCUGGAUAAUUAUUUUUAAACUUUGAUAUUUUGAGUA